AUGGUGGACGCCGAUGUCGUCGUGCUCGUGCUUGGCCCCUGGUCCGGCCACCUCGAGGUCGUCAGCGAGGUGUUCGAUGUGUCCGGGCUCAAGGUGCACAGCAUCGUGCUCUCACCGCGCGAGACUGAGAAGAUCACGCCACACUGCCUCUUCCUCAGCUACCAGCCGGAGCCCGGCGCCAAGAUGCUCGACCCCGAGGUGUACCCACGGCCCACUGUAACAGAUCAAGAAUAG